AUGGAGCCGUGGAAGCAGUGCGCGCUGUGGCUGAUCCACUGCAAGGUGCUGCCCGCCAACCACCGGGUGACCUGGGACUCGGCGCAGGUGUUCGACCUGGCUCAGACCCUCCGCGAUGGAGUCCUGCUCUGCCAGCUGCUCAACAACCUCCGGGCGCACUCCAUCAACCUGAAGGAGAUCAACCUGAGGCCGCAGAUGUCCCAGUUUCUCUGUUUGAAGAACAUAAGGACAUUCCUCACGGCCUGUUGCGAGACAUUUGGAAUGAGAAAGAGUGAACUCUUUGAGGCGUUUGACUUGUUUGAUGUCCGUGACUUUGGAAAGGUUAUAGAAACAUUAUCGCGACUCUCUCGCACACCUGUAGCGCUGGCCACAGGAAUCAGGCCCUUCCCGACAGAAGAAAGCGUUAAUGAUGAUGACAUCUACAAAGGCCUGCCUGAUUUAAUAGAUGAAACCCGUGUGGAAGAUGAAGAGGGUCUGUACGACUGUGUUUAUGGGGAAGACGAAGGUGGCGAAGUGUACGAGGACUUGAUGAAGGCAGAGGAGGCGCAUCAGCCUAAAUGUCCAGAAAAUGACAUACGAUGUUGCUGCCUAGCAGAAAUCAAGCAGACAGAAGAAAAAUAUACAGAAACAUUGGAGUCAAUAGAAAAAUAUUUCAUGGCACCAUUAAAAAGAUUUCUGACAGCAGCUGAAUUUGAUUCAGUAUUCAUCAACAUUCCUGAACUUGUAAAAGUUCAUCGGAACCUAAUGCAAGAGAUUCAUGAUUCCAUUGUAAAUAAAAACGACCAGAACUUGUAUCAAGUUUUCAUUAACUACAAGGAAAGGUUGGUUAUUUAUGGGCAGUACUGCAGUGGAGUGGAGUCAGCCAUCUCUAGUUUAGACUACAUUUCUAAGACAAAAGAAGAUGUCAAGCUGAAAUUAGAGGAAUGUUCUAAAAGAGCAAAUAAUGGGAAAUUUACUCUUCGAGAUUUGCUUGUGGUUCCUAUGCAGCGUGUUUUAAAGUAUCACCUUCUCCUUCAGGAGCUGGUCAAACAUACCACUGAUCCUAUGGAGAAGGCAAAUUUGAAACUGGCUCUUGAUGCAAUGAAGGACUUGGCACAAUAUGUGAAUGAAGUGAAAAGAGAUAAUGAGACCCUUCGUGAAAUUAAACAGUUUCAGCUAUCUAUAGAAAAUUUGAACCAACCAGUUUUGCUUUUUGGACGACCUCAGGGAGAUGGUGAAAUUCGAAUAACCACUCUAGACAAGCAUACAAAACAAGAAAGGCAUAUCUUCUUAUUUGAUUUAGCAGUGAUUGUAUGUAAAAGGAAAGGUGAUAACUAUGAAAUGAAGGAAAUAAUAGAUCUUCAGCAGUAUAAAAUAGCCAACAAUCCUACAACUGAUAAAGAAAAUAAAAAGUGGUCUUAUGGCUUCUACCUCAUCCAUAUCCAAGGACAAAAUGGGUUAGAAUUUUAUUGCAAAACAAAAGAUUUAAAGAAAAAGUGGCUGGAACAGUUUGAAAUGGCUUUGUCCAACAUAAGGCCAGACUAUGCAGACUCCAAUUUCCAUGAGUUCAAGAUGCACACCUUCAACCGGGUUACAUCCUGCAAAGUCUGCCAGAUGCUCCUGAGGGGAACAUUUUAUCAAGGCUAUUUAUGUGUUAAGUGUGGUGCAAGAGCACACAAAGAAUGUUUGGGAAGAGUAGACAAUUGCGGCAGAGUUAAUUCUGCUGAACAAGCGACGCUCAAACCAUCGGAGAAACGGACCAAUGGACUCCGAAGAACGGCCAGACAGGUGGAUCCAGGUUUACCAAAGAUGCAGGCCAUUAGGAACUAUACUGGAACGCCAGCCCCUGCUCUUCAUGAAGGACCCCCGUUACACAUCCAGGCAGGAGAUACAGUUGAACUUCUGAGAGGAGAUGCACACAGUCUGUUUUGGCAGGGUAGAAAUUUAACAUCUGGAGAGGUUGGAUUUUUUCCGAGUGAUGCUGUCAAGCCUUGCCCAUGUGUGCCCAAACCAGUAGAUUAUUCUUGCCAACCCUGGUAUGCUGGAGCAAUGGAAAGAUUGCAGGCAGAGACUGAACUUAUUAACAGGGUAAAUAGUACUUACCUUGUGAGGCACAGGACCAAAGAGUCAGGAGAAUAUGCAAUUAGCAUUAAGUACAAUAAUGAAGCAAAGCACAUCAAGAUUUUAACAAGAGAUGGCUUUUUUCACAUUGCAGAAAAUAGAAAGUUUAAAAGCUUAAUGGAACUUGUGGAGUACUACAAGCAUCACUCUCUUAAAGAAGGAUUCAGAACCUUGGAUACAACUCUGCAGUUUCCAUACAAGGAGCCAGAACAUUCAACUGGACAGAGGGGUAAUAGAGCAGGCAACAGCUUGUUAAGUCCAAAGGUGCUGGGCAUCGCCAUUGCUCGAUAUGACUUCUGUGCAAGAGAUAUGCGAGAAUUGUCCUUGCUGAAAGGAGAUGUGGUGAAGAUUUACACGAAGAUGAGUGCGAAUGGCUGGUGGAGAGGAGAAGUAAAUGGCAGGGUGGGCUGGUUUCCAUCCACGUAUGUGGAAGAAGAUGAAUAA